CCAAGGCCUGCGUCAUGGCUGCCUUCUGGGAGUACUGAGCACACUGUGGCACCACCCUCCAUCAGGAGCCCCCCGGGGGCCUCCUAGCCUAGUGCAAAACCAUCUGGAAAAUGGCAGUGCCCUGGGAGGAGUAUUUUCAACUGGCCUUGCAAGAGAAACUGCCUAUGAAGAUCCCGGAGCAGACUGAGGUCCACUUCCCACCGGUGCUGCAUCUCCUGGAAAGGAGGCAAGAGCUAAUGGAUGCAGAUCGGGACCUGCGGGCCCAGAAGGAGGUGUUCCAGACCAUGAUGGCAGCUCGGAAACAGCGCUGGGAACAGCUGGAACAGAAGGAGCAGGAGCUAACGGGGUCCUUUGUCCGCUUUGAUAAGUUCUUGCAGGACGCCGAGGCCCGGCGCAGCCGCGCGCUGCAGAGGGCGGCGGAGGAGCGGCACCGGGCGGGCCGCCAGGAGGCCGAGGCGAAGCGGCUUCAGGCCCAGCUCGAGGAGUUGCAGGGGGAGCGCGCGCGGCUGCAGCGCCGGCUGGAGGGCCUGGAGCCCUGCGCGCGCCUCCUGGGGCAAGCGCUGGAGCAGCUGCCUGAGUUCCAGGAGGUCCCCGAGCUGGUGGCGCGCUUCGACGGCCUGGCCAACACGCAGGCGGUGCUGAGGCUCUCGGAGCGUCGGCGGCUCACGGAGCUGGAGGAGGCCGGCGCACAGCUGCACCGGCUGCGGGAUGCCUGGCAGGAGGAGCUGCUUCAGCUGGGCCAGCAGCGAGCGCAGCUGGUGGAGCGCCUGGAGGCGGCGCGGGAGCACACGCUGCACGCGGAAUCCAAGUGGAUUCAGAUCCAGAACACAGCAGCUGAGAAGACACUGCUCCUGGGAAGCGCUAGAAUGGCAGCUCUCAACCUGUUCCAGCUAGUGUGCCAGCAUCAGAGACAGCCACCUACCCUGGACAUCGAGGAUACUGAGGGCCAGCUGGAGCAGGUGAUAGCCAGCGAGAACACUGCUGACGAAUGAAUCAUUUGGGAGGCUGGACUGAAUCUCGAAAAACCCAGAACGGCUUAGGUGAAGCUGUUCAUCCUGGAGCGCUCCGCCAUACUGGCCAGCCUUCGUCAUGAGGCCUGAGCAAGGUAAGCAGUGGGAAAGGAGG